AUGCGGGAGAUCCAAUCGCGACGAGUCAUGCCAUGCAGGUCCAACGAGGGGUGCGAAUCGCAUCGAGUAUGCCGAGAGGCAUCCUGUACCAGAGCGAUACAGAGAGACUCUAGCAGUGAAGGGACGCAUCGAGGAUCAUGUAUCCAUCAGGUGCAUGAGCACAGCCAUGAGAGGAUGCCAAGCAGAUCGAGACCGAACCGUGUCGAUGAGCGCGCGCGCGAGGCGCAGUCCCGACCGUCGAGGGGAGCCGCGUGCAGGGAUCAGUGGUACAUCAGUCAUGUCCCAAUGAGAAGUCUGAGACCAGUAGCAGUGGUCAGACUCAGACGGCGAGCUAUCUUGUACGGCGUGAGCGCACAGUCGAGUGUCCCACAGUCCCUCGGUCGCGAACGAGGAUCGCGAGAGGAGCGUGUGAGAGAAGGACAGGACCAGAGCGAUCGAGACGCGCGAGCGCGUGUGCUGCGCCAGACAGUCCAAGUGUCGAAUCGAGAUCCCGACGCAGUCAGGGUCCGGAAUCAGAUUCGCAACACGCAGGUCAGGUCACGAAGCAGUCAGUCGCUCAACAGGUCAGCGUCAAGCAGGUUCAUCGCAGCGGGGGGAGCCGCGAGCCAGUCGCGAACCGUCAGUGCGCAAGCUGGUCCAGGAUAUUCAUCAUACCGGUGCCGGCGUAGAGCAGAGUGCAGAGCCAUCCUGGUCCAACGCUACACGGAAUGCGACUCAUCAUCGCAGCGCGAAGCAACGUGUAUGGAGUGA